AUGAUAGGGUUCGAAGAUUUCUCUCUUUUUAUGUGGAAUGUCAGAGGAGCUACUAGCGCCAACGCUAAGUUAGCUUUGAAAGAGUAUAUCAGGCGUCAUAAGCCGGAUAUUAUUGUUCUAGUGGAAACGCAUUGCCAGUUCCAGAGGACCCAAAGAUUUUGGAAGGCUCAAGGCUUUCUUCCAGGGUGCAUCGUCGAAGCUACUGGGCAUAGUGGAGGGAUCUGGGUCCUUUGCCACCAGAGCUCCCCCUUCAAGGUGAUGCCUUUGGAGUCCUUUCACCAGGCUGUGACAUUUGAUGUUGUGCUUGGUGCUUUCUCUUGGACUUGCUCGGCCAUUUAUGCAAGUCCUACGCCGAAUCUUCGAGAGGAGCUUUGGGGCCACUUGGCUCAGCUCCGGUCGACGGUUGUGAAGCCUUGGAUGGUGGUGGGUGACUUCAAUGAGAUUCUCUACCCAUUGGAGGUCAGGGGAGGGGCCUUUCUCGCUAGUAGGGCCCUUCGUUUUGCAGAUGCACUGGAAGCUUGCCACUUGAUUGAUCUUGGAGUAAAAGGAGGCUCCUUUACCUGGCAUAGGAAGGAGCGUGGGACUCUUAAGGUUUCUAAACGCCUAGAUAGAGCAGUUGCUGACCAUGAAUGA